AUGACUUUAGAGUUGAAGUAUGUUGGUGGCAGAGUUAAUUAUUUUGACUUCAUAGAUGAACCCAAUACUACCGUGGAGUCCCUGAAGUCAUAUUUUGAUAAGGCAAUGUUGGGGGACAGUACUGUUCAGAGGCUGCGGGGGAUAGAUGUAUACAGGAUUGGCCCAGGAGACGCGGGUCCUUUAAUUGGCCAGUGUUCAAACAUCAUCGAGGAACAUGGUGAUUGUGCUGAUGAUAGUGGACAUGAUGAGUAUGAUAUUGGGGAUCUGGAUUAUGGCGAUGAUGACAGUGAAUAUUCAGGUGAUUCUGAUGGUGCUUCUGCUUCUGAGACUGAUUCUGGUGGUUUUGAAUUUGAUUAUGGUGGAGUUGAAAAAAUUGGGAUUGAAGUGGAUUAUGAUUAUGUCGAUCGAGAUCGUGUCGAAGAUAGCAAUCAUGAUGCAGACGACAUGGAUCUUGAGUACCGGGAAAAAGCUGAUGCAGCAGUCUGUGUUCAAUCGGUGAGUCCAAAUAAACCGACAUUUCAGAUUAGGACUCACCAAGACAAACACACUUGUCCAACACUAGAUAAAACAAGGAACUGUACUGCCUAUGUGGUUGCCAAGUGGUACCUUGAAGAUUCGGCAGUGGAGCCUACUCUCAGUCUUCGCUUCAUUAAACAUAGGGUUAAGAAGGACCAUGGGUUGAAGAUCUCAAGAAGCCAGGCCUGUGGGGCUAAGAAGAAGGCACUUGACAUAAACAAAGUACCCGGAUUGAAAAUUGAAGCCAGAUUGAUGAAUAUUGUGAAAGCAACAACUGAAGAGGAAUGGAAUAAGCUGAUGGAUGAUUUGAAGAAGAAGCAUGAAGGAGCAUGGAGGUAUCUUCAUGAAAUAGGAGCAAGUCACUGGUGCAGGUCACAUUUCCUGACUGAGACAAAGUGUAACAUGUUGGUGAACAACAUAUGUGAAGGCUUCAACAAUGUUUUGAAUGAUGGCAAGGAGAGUGAGAGGCCCUUAGAUGGGCAGAAGCGAGCAGCACCCAAACAGCGGGGCAGACCGCGCAAAUGGGUUGCAGUUGAACCUUUGGCUGAUGAUCUUCGCGAUGAAGACGAAAAUGAGCAUGAAUCCCUUAUCCCGGUGUCCAUUACUAACCGUAAAGGAAAAAAUCAGGUUCCUGAUGGAGAUGAAAAUGAUCCCGUGGUCCUGGUGUCCAGAAGUAAGGGGAAAGGAAAAAAACAGGUUCUUGAUGGAGAUGAAAAUGAUCCCGUGGUCCUGGUGUUUAGAAGUGAAAAUGAUCCUGCUAUCUUGGUGUCCAGAACUAAGCGGAAAGAAAUACAGAUUCUUGUUGAAGAUGAUAAUGAAGAUUUUCCUGUUAUCCGGGUGUCCAGAACUAGGCGGAAAGGAAAAUUUCAGAUUCUUGAUGAAUAUGUAGGUGAAGAUGUUCCAGUGACCACUACGGUGGACGGAGAAGCUGAAAAUGUUGUUCCAGAAGCAGAAGCUUGGUCAUACAGUGCUCUUGAACAACGUGCAGACUGCUCGGGGAAUUUAGACAUGGAUGAAAGGAAAGAUCAGAAUGAGGAAUCAUUGAAGGAAAAUAAUCGUCAACUUGAGGACGCAGAGAACUCCGUCAUUGCACCGGUGGUAGAGCCACAGCCCCAUGAAGACCCCAAUAAAGUAUCACCCACAAUGGAAAUGGAGGAAGAUCAGGCACGAAAUGACCAAUCCCAUGCUUUUGAUUUUGUUGUUUUGAAUGUGACAGUGAUAGAGAAGCAGAUGACAUUAGGCCAGGGGGAGAGAAUUCGGGACAAAACUAGGAGAACAACCCUGACAAUAGCUUCAAACUGGGUGUUAGUCGGUCACGCAAGGCCAGAUAACGAAUGCAAGUUUGAAUACGUUAACAUUCUACAACAUGCAAAUGGGGCGGGUCGUUCGGAGAAAAAUUCUAUGCAAAAGCGAGCGAAUCAUCUUGCAUUGGUGAGAUAUUUACAAGAUGAUCUCGCACCUGUCCCUCAUGCAGAUGAUCGCGCUGAAAUACCAGUACCGGCAGUUCCUCAUGAAGAAGUAGUGAUGGAUCCCCUUCAAUCUCACAAUCUACAGGACCGCUUUGUUUACCCUCCAAUGGCUAUUGUUGUUAACCUGCCUAGAAAACUCGAUUGUGGGAAGUUUGUUGGACUGAGUGACAUGGUUCUGCGUGAAAAGUAUUUGUUUGAAGGUUUUAAUCCGACAAAAGUAGAGCCACUGUGGGAUGAUGAAACUGGCCACUUGGGAAUAGGUAUUGUUCAUUUUAGAAGUGGUUCUAAUGGAUUAAAGGAUGCUAUUGCAUUUCAUCAGGUUUAUAAGAAUGAUCACCAUGAGAAGCAGGAUUGGGAAGGGUCUGGUACUCACAAUAAUUCCCUAUAUACUUGGGUUGCUUAA